CUCAAGAGGUGGCCCCCGUCCCCAUCCUUGUACCCUCCGCGCCUCUUCGCACCCCCCGCUGCCCUUGCGACCGGCUUCCCGCCCUGGCUCGGCCUCAGGGCCUCGGGGCUUCUUGCCGCCGCCAUGGCGGCGGCGGCCUCGGCCGCGGCCGCCCGCGCGUCGGUGGCGCAGGCGCUGCGGGGAGCGCAGGGCGCGGCGCGCCGGGCCGCGUCGCCCGCCUGUGCGUUCACGCGCUUCGAGCACGAGCGCUGGGAGGCGGCGGUGAGCCCGUACGACAGGAUCUUCGGCAGGCUCACCGCGCUCGCGGCCCGCGACGUCGUGGGCCACGCGCUGGCGCGGGCGCCGAGCAGCGGCCCGGGGCUGGACUGCGCUACGGGGCCGGGCUACGUGGUGGAGGAGGCGCUGCGCCGGGGGGUGCCCGGCGGAGAGCUGGUGGCCGCGGACUUUUCGGCGGGCAUGCUGCGGCGGGCACGCGAGAGGGUGCCCGACCCCGCGGUGGAGUGGCUCGAGGCGGACAUCCAGGAGCCCCUUCCCACGGCCUUGCGCGGGCGCUUCGCGUGGUGCUCGUGCAACUUCGGGGUGCUUCACCUGGCGCGGCCGGAGGACUUCUUCGCGGCGGCGCUGCAGGCGCUGCGGCCCGGCGGGCUCUUCGUCUUCACCGUCUGGGCCGACGUCGCGCGGAGCCCGGCCUUCCAGAUCCCGCUGGGCGCCAUCGAGCGCCACGGCAGCAUGGACGUCGGGCUGCCGCCGGGGCCCCCUUUCUUCAAGUACAGCGACCCCCGGGUGGCCGAGGAGGCGCUCGCUCGGGCCGGCUUCGAGGCCGCCACGGUGUCGGCGGAGCUGGUGGACAUGCGGUGGGAGCUCGACGCGCCGGAGGACCUCUGGACCGUGUUCCUGGAGGGCACGGCCCGCACGGGCGGCAUCCUGGAGAAGCAGACGCCCGCCGCACGGGAGGCGAUCGAGAGGGCGAUGCGCGACGCCGUGGUGGCGGCGCAGGGUGGCUCUGGCGACGCCCCGCCCCCGUACGCCCUGCCGCAGCCGUGCCUCCGGGUCUCGGCGAGCGCCCCCGGCUGACGGCGAGCCGCGGGGCCGCUUGCGCGCGCGCGCCCGCGCGGGACUCGCCUGCGCUGGCGCGGCGGCCUGUCAGAAGA